CAAAGGGAAUGACAUUUGCCUAGUAACAGGAUACAAAAGGCAGGCAGAAGAUCCAUGGCCUGUUCUCUGGGCUGCUGAAUUACUCUUUCACUGGAUCUUGGGCAAUUAUUUGCUCAGAACACGUUUUUAGGGAAAUGGAGUGCCUGAGGAUGUGCAGAGCAGCUCCUGAAGUCCAGAAGAACAUUUGGACAUCUGAUACCUCCUAGUUCUUUUUUGAGCUCCUGUAUGGUUUGAAAAAGCCAUCAGGGUUUCAGUAUCUUGUGUCAUGCCUGUGUCUUCCAGCAGCCUAAAUGCUUUUUCACAACUCUGAAUUUUCCAAAGGUUGCAGAUCUCUCCCAUUCAAAACUAGAUUUUCAGUGACUAGAGAUGGUGUUGAAAUCAAAAUGCAUUGAAAUACUAAGCUGUGAGAGCAUUUGUAAACCUGGCCUCAGAAGUGUAAUUUCAAAGGAGCUAAGUGCCUACAAUUUUGACUUCUAGUAAGAGGAUGAAAACCAGUCCCUUAAAUGCCUUUUGCCUGGGCUCCUUCCUUUGUAUAACAAGGAAACAGUUUGCCACCUCAGGACAGUGUUUGGAGCUCUGUAUUAGGCAUCUUUGCUUACAAAGCACUCUUUUACAGAUAUUUGCAAUGAAGCAUUUCAACCUGCUCAUCAGGAAUGAACGGACAGGAAAAGUGGGCAGGAGUGUGUACAGACAGCACUGAGACCACCAGCUUUGGCUGUUGGUGGGGAAACUUGUUCCAUUUGCACAGACAGCUUGGUUCAAAGGGUCGAUAAAGUGCCCUCAGUAUUUAAAGCUGACUGUCUAACUAAAAUCUCUCUGGGGCAUUGUUUGCUAGGACUGUUUUGGACGGGUAGAAGGGCAAGAUGGGUGCUGGAAGGGCCAGACCCGGAGUAAACUGGUAUUUGUGCUUCCUGAGGAUUUGUAAAGAACUCACUCUCCCCCUUGGUUCUUACAGCAGAUACAGUGAGAGAGAUGUGGAUCACAGCUGCCUUGUUCUACCUGCUCCUGGUGCAUCCGAGCUGCUCUCACCUAGUGCACUGGACAUACAAAGAAGGAGAGCUGGAUGAAGAGCACUGGGGAAAGCACUUUGCAGACUGUGCUGGCAAGCGCCAAUCUCCAGUUGACAUCCAGAGGAAAAAAGUGAGGUACAACCCCCAGUUGCUGCAGCUGGAGCUGAGUGGCUACGAUGGGCCUUUGCAGGGGGAUUUCACCAUGACCAACAAUGGUCACUCUGUUCAGAUUGAUUUGCCACCUACCAUGCACAUCUCCAGAGGGCUCCCUGGCCUCUACACAGCUGUACAGAUGCAUCUGCACUGGGGUGGCCUGGACCUGGAGACCAGCGGCUCUGAACACACCAUAGAUGGGAUGAGAUACUUUGCAGAGCUGCACAUUGUCCAUUACAACUCAGCUGACUACUCGAGCUUUGAAGAAGCCAAAGACAAACCAAAUGGACUGGCUGUGCUUGCCUUCCUGUAUGCGGAUGGACACUUUGAGAAUACCUACUACAGUGAAUUCAUUUCCAAACUGGCAAAAAUCAGGUUUGCAGGUCAAUCAACAAAGCUCCUUUCUCUGGAUGUCCAGGCCAUGCUGCCAGAAAACCUCUCACACUUCUACAGGUACCAGGGCUCACUGACAACCCCACCUUGCUCUGAGAGUGUGAUCUGGACCAUCUUUCAUUCUCCAAUUCUCCUGUCACACACACAAAUCAGCCUCCUGGAGAACACCUUGCUGGACUGGCAGAAUAGGACACUGCGCAAUGACUACCGGCACGCACAGCCCCUCCAUGGGCGCGUGGUGGAGGCCUCCUUCAGGUCCAAACCCACCCAAGAACAAUGCCAUCCGGAAGAAUUCAGCCUCAGGCUGGAACAAAUCCAGAUGCAGCUCCAAGACGUGAAGAGAGAGCUUAAAGGCACAGCUGGAGAUGUAACAGCUGGCUUUUUGGUUGUUUCAGGUAUUAAAUCCAGCACUUUUCCAUCUUUCUACUUCCCUGUGGAAAACAUCGAGAGUUUUGUGAACAUUCAUCCCCUCCAUGAUAUGUCUCUCCAAGCCUUCACCUUAUGCUUCUGGAUCAAAGCCCAGCAUGCUGGCAGCCAGACUGUUCUUUCCUACUCCACACAAGAGAAGGAUAAUGAGCUAGCGCUGACAGUGGGCACAGAUGUGGGACUGUGGAUAGGAGGCCAUUUCAUCAGCUUCCCCCUGUACCACAAGGCACAAGACUGGCUGCACUACUGCAUGACAUGGGCUUCCUGGUCUGGAACAGCAAAUUUAUGGCUCAAUGGAGCAGCUGGUAAAGCAAAGAGUAUCCAGAAGGGGUAUGUGAGCCAGGCUGGAGGGACCCUUGUCCUUGGGAAAGACAGAGACAUUCUUCUUGGGACGUUCUCCAAUGGCUUUGCAGGGUGGAUGACUCGCGUGAACCUGUGGAGCCAAGUUCUCAGUCCUGCAGAUAUUCGGGCACUUGCACUGUGCAAACCAGGGCACCUGAAGGGAGACAUCAUAGCAUGGGGAGAAACCCCCAUGACCCUCUUGGGGGGGGUGGUUCUGGAGCCUGACACCAGCUGUCAGUGACCCCAAAUUUGGGUUUUUUUCCUUUUUUUGAAUUAAGGAAGCAGAAAAAUCCAAACUUCUGGUUGAGGAAACUUUAAAACCUGGAUGAUUU